AAUGUUCACAAUCUCAACUGACAUUGGUGUGAAAAUUAAUGACGUCGAUGUAUGAAACGUUACUAUUAUCUGAUCGAUCACAUCAUCAACAUGAAACUUUUUCAAAAACAAAUUUUAAUAAAUUAUAGGUAGAACAUUUAUAGUAGACGUAGACCUAUUUAUGUGUAGUUUCAUAUUUGUUUUAAUAAUUUAUUAUGUCCUGUAUGUUAAUAUAACAUUUUAUAAUUAAUUAAUUAGUAUAUUUGCUUAUUUUAUUUGUACACAUAUCAUUAUGGCAUUUAUACCUAAAAAUGUUAUUAAUAAAGCAGAAAAUAUUUCAGAACUGGUAAUAUUUUAUAACAUAUUUUAAAAAAAAUACUUUUAUAAUUAAAAUAUAAUUCAUUCUGUUUAAUACAAUUAUUAUUUUAACAGGUUGUAAAAAAUUGUAAUGUGUAUUUACCAACAGCCUCUCGGUUAUGUUUGAUAUCAACAUUCAUAGAAGAUGGCUUGCGUAUGUAUUUCCAAUGGUCAGAACAAAGCAAAUAUAUGAAUAUGUCUUGGAAUUGUGGAAUGUUCUUAGCUACUGUUUUUGUUCUUGUUAAUUUAUUUGGACAGUUGGGAGGAUGUAUACUCAUAUUAUUACAAAAACAUGUCAAAUUAGCUUGUGGUAUAUUAUUUUUUAUAGUCGUAUUACAAGUAAGUGGACAUUACUUAAAAUAUGUUUGAUUUGUUGUGUUUAAAUACAAUGUAUUAACAGUUUUUAACUCAGCAUAUGUCUUCAAAUUAUACAUGUUAAAAUAUAAUAACUAUCUGUAUCUAAAAAUAUAUUUAUUUUAAAUUGUAGACAGUAGCAUACGACAUUUUAUGGGAUUUGCAUUUUUUGCUAAGAAAUUUUGCUUUAAUUGGAGCAUUGUUAUUAGUUCUUGCUGAUAGUGGAGUAGAAUCAAGACCCUUGCUUGCUGGUAUCCCAUCAUUAGGUAAGUGUUCAAUUGUACUACAUAACAAUCUAAAUAUUUAAAAAUGACUAUUUUUAUUUUUACAGGAGAAAACAAACAAAAAAAUUACAUGCAAUUGACUGGAAGAUGUUUGAUCGCAUUCAUGUUCAUAACAUUAUUGAAAUUUGAAUUAUCAUUUUUCCAGGUUUGUAUUAUUUAAAUAUAAAUAUAAUUAGAUAUUUUAUAAAUAUAAAUUAAUAUUUAACUUUUUUGUUCUUAGCUGAUACAUGACUUUUUAGGUGGUAUUAUGAUGUUAUUAGUAUUUAUUGGAUAUAAAACUAAACUUAGUGCUUUAGUGCUAGUUUUGUUUUUAUCGUGUUUAAAUGUUUAUUAUAAUGCUUGGUGGACAAUACCAAAUACAAAACCCCUUCGUGAUUUUCUCAAAUAUGACUUCUUCCAAGUAAAUAUAAUUUCACCUUUGCACCUUCAUAAAAUUAUUUUUUAUUUUUUAUGAUUUAAAUUUUGUUUAGACACUUUCAGUGAUUGGAGGCCUAUUAAUGAUUGUACUUCGAGGUCCUGGUGGAGUGUCAGUAGAUGAAAAUAAGAAAAAAUGGUAAUCUUUAUUGACUGUGAAAUAAAUGUUUAAUAUUAUGAUGUUAUUUUUCAAAAACAAAUAUAAGAAGUUUGAUUAUUUAAUAUCAUGCCUAUUAAAUAUUUGUAUAUUAAUAAUAGAAAUUGGAUAAGUGGACAAUAUAUUCUUGUACGUCAUUUUUUGUUGAUAUACCUUCAACUUAUGAAAUUACCAAAUAUUUAAAUUAUUUAGUUAUUGCUGCAAUCAUUGACCUCUACCGGUUUGGAACUAGAUACAAUUAAUAUUAUAAUUAUUAUAUUUAUUAUUGUUAAGAAAUAAUCUCCAUUUUUUAUUUUUUACAUUGUUUGGUCAAAAUCCACAAGAAGGAAAUUUACUUAAAAAUGUAACCAUUGUUGCUGGUACCAUUCCCAUUACUUUAAAUUUGUUGCCCAUUUCUUUUAAUUGAUUGUAGCCAAAUGUUAAUGAUGCUGCUUCUCUUUCAUUUUGUGUCAAUGUUAACAAGUUCUUUAAAAAUAAAAUAAAUAAAUAAUUUCAGGAUUAUAGAUAAGUAGUUACUUACUACUAGAUAGUUAAUUAUUGAAUUACUUUAUAUCUCAAAUCAAUCAUCAUAUUUUCUAAAAAUGUAUUUUGGUCUAUUGGUCCAAAAGCUAUGAUAUCAGGUCCAGCCACAUUCUUUAAUCUACAAAAAUCUACAUCUGCUGUUAAAUCCACUAAUCCAGGAUUAUUCAAUGGAUUAACUUGUUUAUGUCCACUAAAAGCCUCCAUUUAAAAUAUUAUAGGUUAAUAAUCACAGAUCAUUAUAUAAUAUAUAUAAAACUCACUCUAAAUGUAUCAACUAUUGGUUUAUCAUCUCCAUAAUCAAUACAAAGAAAUAUACCACCAUCCAUUAUUAUUCUCUCACUUAACUUCUGCAUUAUAAUAGCCGCAUCAAUUGAAACUUCAAUUUCAGUAUCAUUUUUAAAAUUGGAACACUUAUAGUAUUCUAUCUAUAUAAAAUAAUGCAGUAAUAAAU